AUGACUAAACUAUUCACUAAACUAUUUAAGCUUUCACAAUCCAAAACUGAUACCAAAGCCGUCAAGAAGUUGCUGUUGGUUCCUUACACACCUAUACCACAACAAUAUCAGCCACAAUUGGGGAAAGGCGAUUUGAAAGUAGCUGGUCUUCUUGUAAACUUGGAUCAUUUAGAUGUGUUUAAUACAAUGUGUUGUGAUGCAGUAUUGUUUUUGUUAAGUAUUUAUCAUUUAUUACAGAAUUUAAGAGAUGGAGAUGCUAUUAAAAACAUUGAAGGUGUAGAGACUGAUUUUGGGGCAAAGUUUCAUGAAAAAUUUAAACAAAUAUUGAGUCAGUUGUCAUAUGUGAACAGUAACACAUUUACUCAAGAUCAAACUGAUGAACUUCAUUUCUUAUUUAAUGACUUGAAGUACACGUGGAACGUAAUCACAGUAGCCAACAGUUUAAGGAUUGAAUUGGACGAUACAUUGAAACACAACGUGAAUGAAUAUUUCAAGAGAGUAUGGGCAUUUGAAGUGUCCGAGAGUGAUGAUCAAUUUUUGAUUGAUGUGUUUUCUGUCAGUUUAAAUGUUUGGGAGAGUAGGGUUAUUGCAUUAGUAGUUUCAAAAGAAUAG